AGAUUUAGGUUUGCUUGAUAUUUUUUUAGGGUUCUAGCCACCAAAGUAGGGCUAUGGUGUCCGAAAGAGCGAUAGCGAUGGCUGCUCGAGAGCUCACGGCUGAUCCGGCAAGGAUCCAUCUCGACAAAUUUGGAGGUGUCAAACGAGUGCUCCAGCAACGCUUCCAAGGUGUUUUUCCUCCCGGCCCAGCCACGAAGGGAGGACAUGCGACUCGGGCCGAUUGCGGUGCACUGAUGAUGGCGCUCAUGGCAGCAACAAAUGAAGAUCUCCGAUGCAAGCAGGAGCUCUCCCGCAUCGUUACCCUCUUUUCUGGGCAGGAACCAGAAGUCGAUAGCGAGGAUGAGCCGCUGCUGGAACUCGCCCAUGCGGCUGGCCAGUUGGAAGGGUUCUCGUACAGGCUCACGAGGGCAGUCGGUGGAGAUCGGGAACUCCGCGUGACUGCACGUGGAGUGAAGAUUCGCGUCAUGGUGUCAGGAAGCUGUCGAUCUGAGCCAGAGUUCCUUCGGCGUCUUCGUGUUCUCCGUGAGCAGGUGACGCAGAAAGUAGCGGCCUUCAUGGCCAACUUCCCAGCGUCUACUGUCGAGUGCGAUAUGUGCUACCUUUCUCAAGACUGAGGGAAGAGAUCAAUCGUUUUUGUAAUAGAAACUCGUUUUUGUAAGUUUCUGAGCACAUCCUAGUAGCGUGAUACAGAUUCACAAGCAAGAUUGGCGGCCUGGCAGCGGGGCUUUCUCUCUUGGUAACUUUCUUUUCUCGAUUGAGCUGAGUUACUCCUUUGGACGACAGGCGGAUGAAGAUCACACGUCCGGGGAACGUUUUCUAUCUGCUAUGAAAGAGAUCUGUCCGGCCGAUCAUCAAAAUAUCGCUGCGAUAGAGAAGGAAAAUGUUUUCAGGAGAAGUUUUGCGACUUUGAAACGCUCGAAUCACGCGACGAAAAUGCAGUUCUCGAAUGAUUCGUGCUGUGCUUGGACAGGCGGAUGAAGAUCACACGUCCGGGAAACGCUUUCUAUCAGAGGUCAAAAGAGUGUUAAGGCCUUCGGGAAAGUAUGCUUGCAUCACCCAGAUACUUGGCUCAUGUAUGCUACAGAGGGUGCGGGCCACAGAGCUCCAAGUCAAGGUGAACAAGCUCGCAAAUUCUCCUCCCGUGUGAGAUUUCUUCGUGGGGAUCGGAUCGAGUUUAUCCCGGCGAAAGGGUGUCCGAAAAAAUCUCAAGGAGAAGGACAUAAUUUUGGCACUGGCCACACUCAUCUCAAACGUACGGCGCUUGUACCACGUCAAGGAAUCCUGCGGAUCGCUUAGAAAUGUACAAGAUGGUACCGAUCGAGCUGAGAAGGCUAUCAGCGGUAUGCUGGCCCUGUGCUCUAAAAUGCCUUUUGCUUCGUAUGCAGAGACUCCACAAGGAGACCAACAACUGGCGUGUUUGGGGGAUUCCACCGAAAGGAACGUCCUUCUGCAGCGAUUUGGCACACAAGUCGCAGCAUCUGCUGACGAGAAUGAUCCUACUUGGCCAAAGAUUACAAGGCUGUGGAACUGGACGCUGGUCGAACAUUUCAAGGUUUUUGGAGCAAAUGGCGUCUGAGUUGGCCCUCAACUGAGAGAGAUGACGUGAAGCAUGGGAUGAUAUACUUGAAAACCGACUGGUGUUUCUACAGAAGCUCCACACGAGGCGAAGAGUGACAAAGCCAGGCAGAACUUCACCAAACAGCUUGACAAGGCUUUCUUCAGGCUUCCAGGGGAGUGAAGCCUACUGUGAAAUAUAUGGACGAAUACAUUGCACUUCGCACGUUGGAUCCAAAGAGUGCUGUGGAACAGAGCGACCGUGUGCCAUGGUGGCCAGUCUAUAGGGAGCACGAUGAUGAAUGCGUUGGAAAAUUGCAGCUGUUUAUCAGUACAUCAUCGGAACUUGGCCUGGGAAAGUGGGGGAGACUGUCGCGUUUUGGAGGUUGUUACGAAAGUGCACCAUUUUGGACGGCGAAGACUACGAUUGUAUGGGUCCUGGCAAUGGAGUUUACUGUAUUACGGUGUUUCAGUCAUUUAUACCAAACUCGUUACGCUUUCGAUGUCACAAUGGAGUCUUUCAGGGAUGAGAGUGAGCCUAAACGACAGGAGGUGUUGAAGAGCAACUUUCCCAGCUUCUGGCUUUUGUUUUUGAGAAUUAUCUUGACGAGGCAUCGCCUCCCUGUUAUUUCUUUCAGCCGCCAUCUGGUGUCGCUGCACCGAAGUUCUUGCCUGGAAGUAAUUCCGAAGCGCUGCUUGCGCCUGUCGAGAACUCCUGCGAGGAAAAGAUGCAAGCGACUCAUGGCGGAAACUGAUGGCUUUGUUGCGACUACAAGUGACGGGUUUUUGGUGGAUCAACGCAUGCCUUUAAAUGAAAAAUCUCAGAGAUUCCUACGGACGUGGAUAUCCACAACCAACAUGUACUUCCGAGCAUCUAUAAUGUGGAGGUUUGCAAUCGGCUCCCCUUGUCGUAAAGUAAGAAGCAGGACUUUUGUAUUUAUGGAAUAUUGCGGAGGACACGGUACUGCGCCUUUGUUGAAGAGGUUAUGACAGAAUGACAGAAACAUUUGGUGAGGAUGACGUGAUUAUCAGCUCCUGGCCAGGGUACACAU